UACAUCAAUACGAUGGUUAAACGAGACCUGUAAGUUAUUAUUUAUUCGAAAGAAAUGAUCGUAGAUGAAAAAGAAAAGUAGUGAGGUCGAGGGCUCUCAGGGAAAAGAUUUCGUUUCGAAAAAGGUUCAAGCAAGCUGCGAGCUUAAACAUUGCGAGAGUUGCAACAUAGCCAGCGAGACUAUUUUACGAAUGAUAAAUGCGAUAAGGAGUGCCUUCCACGAGAAUAAAUUAAUUUCUGCCGUGGCUGAAGAAAGGGACCUCUUAAAAGGCGAUAUUUACGAGAAGACUCAAUGGGCCGUGAUGAGGAGACUCGCGGCGGCUAUUGAGAUGGACGUUAAGACGACUUUCGAGAUGAUGCAGGGGAAUGAUAUGAAAAGGGAAGCGAUAAAGAGGAAUUACGAGGAGAAGCUGAACUCGCUCGAAGCCGAAUUGUCGCGCAAAGGAACGGACUUUGAGCUUUUGCGAGGUGAAAAUUUUCAGCUCGAAGGUAGGAUCGAAAAUGUCAAACGGAAUUUCAAUGCGUUGAAAGAAAAGAAUUUUCAAUUGGAAAAGACCAAGGAGAGGCUAACCAUCGAACUCAAGGAUACACGCAUCAAAUUGGAACGUACAGCGGAGUCAUGGGACAUUUUGCAAGGUCAGAUCGUGAAACUGGCUGAGAAUAAAUUGGAACUGGAAAACAGCGUGAGAGGACUAACCGAGAAGAUCGUUGAUACUCGCAGUGCGUGUCUCGAGACAGAAAGAGCUCUUCGGAUCCUGCUGACCGAAUUGCAAAGAGAAAAUGAUUCGAUAAAAAAGGAGUACCGUGUUAAACUUGAGAAGUUAGAAACAGAGCUUAAAGCUGAAAUGAAAUAUCGUGAAAUCGAAAAGGAACCUGAAGCCGUUAGAAGCGAGGGAUUAUACGAGGAACGAGUAUUAAUGCCGGGAGACGAUCCGGUGCUGGAUAUGACGCGACGUUGA